AGGUGUUCUAAAUAAAAAUAAGCCAUUGUCGAAAAUACUAAGAACCAUACCCAACAGAUUUAUUUAACAUUGAUGGAUGAUGAAAAAUACGUUUCCUAUGUGGCUUUUGGAUGUCAUYACUCUUGACAUGCGACACUUUCAACAUSAUCUCAUUUCGUCGAUCUCACAAACUAAUACAACAUAGCAGAUUCCCAAUACGAUGAGCACCAGUUUUGAACAUACCACGUCGCUUGAUCAGAACAAGAUGAAUAGCACUAGAGACCCCUCAACCGUAGAUCCGACUUCGAUCGACAACAUGCUGGCGCAAGAAUUCUUGUCGUUGUCCUUUCAUGAUAGGAACAAGAUCAACGAAGAAGUGCACGGAGUCUUGUGCUGUUCGCCGGCGGAAACACCCGAACUAAUAGCCGAAUCCAUUGAAAAACUCGACAAGGAACUCCGUUUGAUCCCAGGAAGCGAGAAGGAAAUGUAUAGUUUGAGUCAGUCUAGGUUCGGUCGGAAAAAUAGUAGCGAAGAAGGAGGAUCCUACGUCAACGACAAAGAAUUCCGACUAAGAUUCCUUCGAGCAGAAUUGUUCGAUGCUCGUAUGGCCGCAUCGAAAAUGGUUGCAUUUUUGCAUGUUGUAUGUGAUUUGUUUGGAGAAUACGCUCUGCAACGACCGAUACGCUUGUCGGAUUUCACAGAACCUGAAUUGCAUACGUUUCGGACUGGCAAUUUGCAGUUGCUGCCCUUUCGUGAUAGAAGUGGAAGGAGAAUUAUCGCUGGCGUAGAAGGGCUUGCCAUCCAAUUUGAUGCCGAUUUGAGGGUAUGUUGCUAUGUUAUCGUGGUAUAUUGUCUGCUUUACGUCGGUUGUCUAGAGUGCAGUGGGAGCUAUUUCUGACUUAUUCUUUCCUUUUCCUCAACGAAUUUUCUCCGUGUUCUUUCUCGACUUCAAUUUCGUAUGUUGGGUUCUAUUGAAAAGUUCAAAAUUUUAUUCUAUCUACUAUGGGUAGGAGGACAAGAUUUAGAGACUCAAUUGAAAGGCUUCGUUGUAAUUAUAUGGCCAGUGUCGGAUGUUGCGAUACAACAUAUGAAAAACAGAGAACGAUUGGUACAAGUGCAAAAAGAACGCCUUAGAGGCACUCCUGUUAGAACGUGUUCCUUUCAUUUUUGCGUUCCCGACAAUCCCCUCUCUCACAUGUUGAGAAUGAUUUUCACGUUGACUCUGGAUGCGAGAAAGCGAUGUAGACUGAAGUUCCACGUGGGUAAGUUUUCCACCCUACUCGACAAUAUUAAGACGUUGCAAUACAUUAACGCCAGGAUACCGUUUUUGAAAAGGAGAUAUUACUAACGCCCACUUCCGUCUCCAACUGUUUUCAUUCUACCGCAGGGCAUCCGGUAGAAUUGCAAUACUUGGUGAAAGGCUACGGCAUUCCGGUAGAUCAUAUUCCUCUCACAGAAACUGGAAACGUGAAGACUCAGAACCUGAAGGUAUGGAUGAAGUUGCGCAGCACUAUAGAGGAGGGUAGGGACGGGGCAGUCAACAUCAUCGAGUGCCCCGGUUCUAACGAUGUUCUUUUCCGACCCAGUAAAUUGAUCAAGGGGCAUCCGGGAAACGUCAAAUUUCAGAGUCUGAUCGAGUACUACCACGAACAAGGCCUUGGCGUUACGGCCGCUUCGAAAGAAAUCGUUGCGUUGAUCCUCAAAAAGAAGGGGAGGAUUUUGGUUUGGGACAAGCGAGGAUGGUGGACAAAACUUACUGAUCCCGCACAGAUGCAAUUCAAGGUAUCUGUUUCAUAUCGGGACUACAAAAAAAAGAACAAAGGUAGAACACAAAUCAGCAACAGCAGCACAUUUGUCUUUCAACAGGAGAAAAAACGAAGGCGACUAGAAGAGGCGACUGCGUCCCCCACUGCCAAUAAAAGCUAUUGCGAUUUUUUCAGCAUAGACGGUGGAAUCAGACCGGCGGCGCUGGGUUGGCUGCAAGAGUAAAAAGAGAAGAAACGUCACUUGGAAAAUUCACAUUGCGUGUGCAAUAGGUAGUUGCAAGUAAAGGAGAAGCACUCCGUACGGAACAAAAACAUGCGCACCAAUAUGAUUCUUACGAUUCACAUCUUGUCUGAGGUUCUCAUCAAUUCGGACAGAAAAAUCGCUGCCAAAACGAUACCGGAAAGCGGCUGAACGCCAUGAAAGAGUUUUUGAAACACAAUUAAUAUCAUUUGCAUAACCUUGAACUGCGUCGCAAAUAGGAUGAAAGAUGUCUUGAUUGACGAUAAUUAGUUUGCUUUCAAUCGACUUGGUUAAAAGCACAAAUAUACAAUAGUAAUUGAUCGAGGGACUACUUUAACUUCAUGGUUUCUUCCACUCAUAUCUCUAUCACAAUACGAGCACGAAUUCAUCAUAGGUACGAGAUUAUGAAUAUUACAUUAAAUUCCAACUAUAUCG